AUGGUUCGUUGCGCUAGAUGCAGUGAAGAUUCAAUGGACGCUAUCCAUUGCAGUAAUUGCAAAAAUCACUUUGAUUUUCAAUGUUCAGGAAUAACUGAGGCGGGUUACCGUAAACUCGGUGCUGAGAGACAGGCAACCUGGAGGUGCCCGAACUGCAAGAUCGGCAAUAUAUCCGCUACGAAGCAAGAUAUCGGAUCACCUAAGUCAAUUACUCUAGAUGAUCUUAUGAAGGAAAUCAAUAACGUAAAGUUGACUUUGGCUCCCUUGAUGGAUGUCAUGGCCGAUAUUAAAGUGAUAAAAACCGACAUCAACAAUCUCCGUACAAAUGUUGAUCAAUUCACUUCUAAGUUGAAUAGUUUGGAUGAAAGGCUCAAAACUGUUGAAAAAGCUCAAGAUGAGAUACAUCAGCUUAAAGCCCAUGUUUCGAAACUGGAAGAGGACUUGAACAACAACGAUCAAUGGUUGCGGCUCAAUAAUGUGGAAAUUAGGGGAGUCCCUCUCAAAGAUAAAGAGAACUUAUUUGAAAUUGUCACUAAGAUUGGUGCGAAAAUUCAACACCCGAUUACAAAGCACAACAUCAAUUUUAUCACUAGGAUCCCAUCGCGUGAGAAUAGAAUCAAACCUAUCGUUGUUUCUUUUUUAAAUCGAUAUUUAAAGGAAGAUUUUGUCGCCGCUGCGCGUUCCCUUAAAUCCCUUUGCCCUGCUGACAUUAAUCUAGAAGGCACUAGUCGAAUUUAUGUCAACGAUCACCUAACAGUCCAAAACAAAGUGUUACUUACAAAGGCCAAGCAGUUGGCAAGGGAUAAUGAGUUCGAGUUCGUGUGGGUGAAGAACUCAAAAAUUUUUGCCAGGAAAAACUCUCAGUCAAACGUAAUAGCGAUAAAAAACGAAAAAGAUUUGCACAAAAUUCACUAA